AUGUCCAAACCCCAAGUCCUCAUAGCUGCCAACCCCAAAAACGGUAUUGUUUGGUCCAAAGAAGAACAAAAAACAAAACUUGGAGCCGUAGCUGAAGUUCUUGAACUCACCUCAUCGUCAAGAGAGGAAUUCUUCAAAGAUUUAGCUUCAGGUGGUAAAUACGCCAACAUCGUAGCUAUUUACAGACAUAAUGAUUCUGCUUCAGCUGUUGGAAUUUUUGAUAAAGAAUUGAUUGAACAUCUGCCCGAAAGCGUGAAAUAUAUCUCUCAUAAUGGUGCUGGAUACGAUCAGAUCGAUAUUGCCGCUGCUACAGCUAAGAACAUCCAAGUCUCCCAUACUCCAGGAGCAGUAGAUGCUGCAACUGCAACUGUCGGAGCUUUCCUUGCUAUUUCAGCAAUGAGACAAUUCCACCGAGCAGAGGUGAACGUUAGAGAAGGAAAAUGGAAAUCUGGUUUAUUACCUGCUCGUGAUCCCGAAGAGAAAGUUUUGGGUAUUAUUGGUAUGGGAGGUAUUGGAAAGGCCCUCGCAAGACGAUUAAUUGCAUUCGACAUGAAAGUAAUUUAUUACAAUCGAAAUGAGAUUUCACCUCCACCCGAUUUCCCAUGUAAAUACAUCUCAAACGUUGAUGAUCUAUUAGCUCAAGCAGAUAUUGUUUCUCUCAAUUUACCUUUAAAUGAUAAGACUAAAGGAUCUUUCGGUAAAAAACAGUUUGAUCAAAUGAAAAAUGGAAGUGUUUUGGUAAAUACUGCUAGAGGUGCUGUAGUUGAUGAAGAUGCUUUACUUGAAGCUUUAGAUAGUGGGAAACUCUUCAGCGCUGGACUUGAUGUUUUCCCUGAUGAACCUAAUGUCAACCCCAAAUUACUGUCCAACGACAAAAUUACCGUUCUCCCUCAUAUGGGUACUGAGACCAGAGAUUCCCAAAAGAAGAUGGAAAUCCUCGUUCUUGAUAACCUCAUUUCAGCUCUUAGUGGUAAAGGUCUUUUAAACCAAGUCCCAGAGCAAAAGAAGUAG